CGUGAGGAGGAAGCGUCGACUGGAUCUGUGCACGAGGGUCUAACGCGCUUUACAUUUUUAUUUUGUCAGAUGUAAAUAAGCUUCAGAGGAAUAUCGGAGAAGUCAGGAUGUCUGAUUUCUCGUCACUGGGGCUUUCAGAGUGGCUGGUUAAACAGUGUAAACAGUUAGGAAUCAGCAGACCUACAGCGGUCCAGGAAAACUGUCUGCCAGCGAUUCUACAAGGUCGGGACUGUAUGGGCUGUGCCAAGACCGGAAGUGGGAAGACCGCAGCAUUUGUGUUGCCGGUGUUGCAAAAAUUGUCAGAGGAUCCUUAUGGCAUCUUCUGCCUUGUGCUCACUCCAACCAGGGAGUUGGCAUAUCAGAUCGCAGAGCAGUUCCGGGUCCUUGGAAAGCCUCUGGGUCUGCGAGACUGCAUCAUCGUUGGUGGAAUGGACAUGGUGAGCCAGGCUCUGGACCUCUCCAAACAGCCACAUGUGGUUGUGGCGACUCCGGGGCGGCUAGCUGAUCACAUUCGCAGCUCCAACACCUUCAGCAUGAGCAAGAUCCAGUUCCUGAUUCUGGACGAGGCGGACCGGCUGUUGGAGCAGGGUUGUACCGACUUUACCAAAGAUCUGGAGGUGAUCUUGAGUAUUUUACCCACCAAGAGGCAAACGUUAUUGUUCAGCGCAACACUCACAGACACCCUGCAGGAGCUGAGGAACAUCGCCAUGAAUGAGCCUUUCUUCUGGGAGAGCACAUCAGAGACGCACACGGUGGAGGAGCUGGACCAGAGAUACAUUCUUACACCAGAGAAAGUGAAGGACGCCUACCUCGUCCACCUGAUCCAAAUGUUCACAGACCAGCACGAUGACUGGUCCAUCAUCAUCUUCACCAACACAUGCAAGAAUUGCCAAAUUCUGACCAUGAUGCUGCGGGAAUUCAACUUUCCAACCAUCUCCCUGCACUCCAUGAUGAAACAGAAGCAGCGAUUUGCAAACCUCGCCAAGUUCAAGGCCAGUGUCUACAAAAUCCUGAUUGCGACAGACGUGGCUGCCAGGGGGUUGGAUAUUCCAACUGUCCAAGUUGUUAUCAACCACAACACGCCAGGCCUUCCCAAAAUCUACAUCCACAGAGUCGGCCGAACUGCUAUAGCAGGAAGAAACGGAGUGUCUAUCACUCUGGUGACGCAGUAUGACAUCCACCUGGUCCAUUCCAUCGAAGAAAAGAUUCGUGAGUAAUUUUACAACCACAAACCCAAAUCCUAUUAUCAAAGGCACUCAGAGAGAAGGAAGUCCGGGGAGCUCCUCACGCAUGUUAACGUGAAGCGGCGCUGUGAGAUCAAACUGGAGUCCACAGACUUUGACGAGAAAAAGGAGAUCAACAAGAGGAAGCAGAUGAUCCUGGAGGGAAAAGAUCCAGAUGUGGAGGCAAAGAGGAAGGCAGAGCUGGAGAAGAUCAGGAGUGAGAAGAAGAAGUUCAAAGAGAAAAUCCAACAAAGCAUCCAGAAACAGAAACAUCUCAAGCAACAGAAGAGAAAACACAUGCAGCAAAAAAGGGAGGCACCAACAACAUGAAGCUUCUGUGGAGUUUGAAUUGUGUAUAUACACUCUGCAUUAUUGUGCAAUAAAAUAUUCAUAUAU